UGUAAAUAAACAAUGCCGUUUGUUUGGCCGUAGAGGGUCUGGCUGGAACGUUCUGCUGUCAUCGAAGCGCAGGACUGAAAUCUGCUGCGAGCCAAAUAGAGAUAUCAUUACUCUUUUGAGUGGAGUGAGUCGGUUCCUCCAAGCCAUGCACUGCAGCUGCGUAUGGAGCUCCAGGACUCUGUCCCCGGCCCUGCUCCCUAGGCUGCUGUCCCAUGCAGGAUGCUGGGCUCCGGGGACCAGGCCUAGGGGUAUCUGGAGCUCCCCCCGGAGCCUGGCCUCGGCUGUAGAGACCACGCAGCCCAUCCCCCUGCCUAGCCAAGCCCGCGUGGUGAUCUGUGGAGGGGGCAUCGUAGGGACGUCUGUGGCCUAUCACCUGGCCAAGCUGGGCUGGACUGAGAUCGUACUAUUGGAGCAGGGAAGGCUAGGCGCUGGCACCACCAGGCUGUGU